CCCUCCCGGAGUCUCCGCGGUGCCGGGGGCGGUACCGGACACCGGGAGCGGAGCGGCGGCUCCGCCUCUUCCUGCGGCGGGCGGCAGCGAUGCCCGUGGAGCCCCUGGUGUGUCCCCACACGGCCACGCGGGUGAGCUCCGUGCUGAACCGGGACGUGAAGCACUUCGGGAAGCAGCACCUGUUCGAUGGCAGCGAGGAGACCUGCUGGAACUCGGACCAGGGCACGUCCCAGUGGGUCACGCUGGAUUUCCCCCGCCCUGUCAAGGUCUCCGAGCUGCAGAUCCAGUUCCAGGGGGGAUUUUCCAGCCGGCUGUGCACGCUGGAAGGCUGCAGAACAGGCGAGGAACUGGUGAAAAUAUCCGAGCUGUACCCCCAGGACAGCCACGCCAUGCAGAGAUUCCAGGUGGAGGAGACGGUGCUGGAUAAGCUGAAGAUCACCUUUGGGAGCAGCACGGAUUUCUUUGGCAGGGUGGUGGUUUAUCACCUGGGGGUGCUGGGGGAGAGGCUCUAGGGGGGACCCCGGGCACUGUCCCCAACCUGGGGGCUCUGAAAACCCCACCAGGGGGGUCCCUGUCCCCUGAGGUGACACUGGUGAGGCUGUGCUGGGGCACAGGUGUGGAAUGGGAUCAAUAAAAGAUAUUCCUGCUUUUUCCUGGAA